AUGGUCCGAAUCCUUGCCACAGUCAUCUUGGUCUCCUCAAUCAGCUUGGUAUCCGUGUCAGCACAAGUUCCGAAUCGAGCCAAAGUUUGCCAAAAAGCUGUCAACUUGGGUGUCACUUUCUACACAGCCAAGGAGUUGGAACCGAUUCUCCAAUGCAUUGAGCCGACACUGUACAAUACUCCAGAAGACACUAGCGCCAUUAUCGACAAGGGAAAGUCGUGUGUUAUCAAUAACAGUAUGAGCAAGGCUAUCCCAGCAUUGUCGCUGUACAGUGGAUUCAAUGGUUGCACUGAUCUAAUGGCUCUCAUCGACAAGCUCACAACUCCAUUUAUGAACCAAUGCAAACAAGUGAUCAACAAGGCACUCAAGGUUCUCAACAACUGCAAGAAGAAUAACAAGAAGACUGGUGUCGCCAAGCAGAACGCAUGCAUCAACAACGUCUACGGACAGUGUAUGGCUAUGGUCACCAAGGCUUUCGUUAACAAAGUUUGCACCGCGUUGUCCAAGAAAAUGACCGCAAAGGAAUGGAACUGUGCCAAGGAAUACGCACCAAAGGUUGUCAAUGUGAAACCAUAUGCCUGCUAUAACAUUGUGAAAUAA